AUGAGAUGGACAGUUGAUUGGACAGAACAACUUGUAGAAUUUACCGUUUAUUUUUCUCCUAGUAAUCUUUCUGCAGUUUUAAUUGGAUUUUCUGAUCAUGGAAUAUUUGAAGGGAGUGAUUUUUGUAUUUAUCAAAUGAAAAGUAGAAAAUUGUUGGAUGGCUGGUUAGAUUCACAUUUGGUUUUACAAAAAGAUAUUAAACAAGAUUGUCAUUUAUUGGAUACCAGGACUAGUGUUGAGUCAUUUUUUCAAUUCCAAAGGAAAUUUUCAACGUGUGAUCCAAGAGACUUUAGAUUCGAUGUAAAUUUACUAAUUAAAUUUUUAUAG